AUGUUUGCUGAGGUUGGGUUUGAGGACGCCGACAGUGCCCGCGGCUCGGCUGAGGACAGCGGCUCCCGCGACCGCCCCGAGGCGUUGGAGGGCAGUAUGGCGGCUGGCGUUGUCCGUUUGCAUAGGCCGGGCGACGCGGGGUUCUCGUGCGUGGCAGGCACCGCCGAUGACGACGCGUCUUUGUACGACGCCCGGCUUAUCAAUGGCGAUUCGUGGCUAAGCAACGAGUGUCACUGCGUGCGCUGCGAAACGCUGCGCGUCUCCGCGCAGUUGGCCAAGCUGCGGCAGCGUGGCGGCAAUAAUGCGGUGGUCGUAGUGUUGCUUGACUUGGACAACUACGGCUUUAAUCAGUUCAGGUCGGUCCCUACGUCGAUGACGGAGGACGGAGAAUUUGACGUCUUUGAGCACAUGUAUAUGUGGUGUUUUUUCGGCUCCUGCUUCCCGCGGUACCACGGGGAACUGCCGUGUCCGGAGAGCGUUUCGCGGAGCAUCCCCCAGGAUGCGGGUAACCCAACACGUAAGCAUCGGGCUGGCAGAAGACCGAGUGUUUGGCAGCGCCUUGUCUCUGCGGGCCGAUGUCAUUUUACCCCGUGCGGUGGCCAACGUCAAGGGGCGGAUGGCGUGAUUCUGCAGGUUGCGCAGGCCAUGACGCACAUGCCGGUGAUUGUGCUGAGCGGGGACCGCGAGAUGCUUCAAGCGGCGCGCGUGAACCGUCGUCAGCGCGGCAGGAAAGCCACGCGUGACGUCGUUGAGUGUGAAUUCCAUGCCAACUUGGAUAUCAUCAAUGUUUUGGAGCAUGGAAAGCGGUUUUUACCCGUGUGGCGGGAACUGGAAGCUAAGAUCUGUCAAGUGGCGUCCAGGUGA